AUGGCGUAUAAAAGAUCAUACUCAAAACUGAAUCAACAAUCAUCGAAUCAAGAUCAAACACAACAAGAAGAAACAGAAAUAAUUCUAGAUUCCAAAAAAAGAGUUACAGUAAGAAAAUUUAAUAAUGUUAAUCUAGUUGAUAUAAGAGAAUAUUAUAUUGAUUCAAAUGGUGAAAAAAAACCUGGUAAAAAAGGUAUAUCAUUAACUGAAGAAAGUUAUUAUAAAUUGAUUGAAUCUCAUAAUAAAAUACAAAACGCGUUAGAUAUUUUAAAUGGAGGAUCUAAAACAAAUAAGGAACCAGUGAGUAAAAAACCAAAGAUUGAUAAAGUAAAUGAUGAAGAAUCUAAAAAAGUGGAACAAGAUGGUGAAGAAGUUAAUUUGAAAGAUGAAGAUUUUGUAGACAAUGAUAGCAAGGAUACUAAGAAAAAGGCGAAUGCUAACGAGGAAGAUGGAAAAGCUGAAGAUGAAGAAGUUAGUGAAGAAGAAGACUAG